AUGACCGCAGCCCCGCAGCCUCCCGCAGCCUCCCCCAGCGCCCUGGAGGAGGCGAAGGCGGCGGAGGCGGCGGAGGCGGCGGAGGAGGAGGCUGCACGGCCCGAGGCGCCUGAGGACGAUGAGGACGAAGAGGAGGCGCUGCCGCACUCCGAGGCGGUGGACGUGUUCCAGGAGGGUCUGGCCAUGGUGGUGCAGGACCCGCUGCUCUGCGAUCUACCGAUCCAGGUUACUUUGGAAGAGGUCAAUUCCCAAAUAGCCCUGGAAUAUGGCCAAGCAAUGACAGUCCGAGUGUGCAAGAUGGAUGGAGAAGUCAUGCCUGUGGUUGUCGUACAGAACGCCACAGUCCUGGAUCUGAAGAAAGCCAUCCAGAGAUACGUGCAGCUCAGGCAGGAGCGCGAAGGGGGCAUUCAGCACAUCAGCUGGUCCUAUGUGUGGAGGACAUACCAUCUAAUCUCUGCGGGAGAAAAGCUCACAGAGGACAGGAAAAAGCUCCGAGAUUAUGGUAUCCGGAAUCGGGAUGAGGUGUCCUUCAUCAAAAAACUGAGGCAAAAAUGAACCUCCAAACAAGGACAACUCUGUGCUGGUGGCCAAGCUCUUCCCCAGCAGGCCGAAGCCUUGGGUCACUGUCCCCUGUUCACAGAAGAGUGUUGAGGUGGACUCACCCAGCUGUGCACAACUGGGCCCUCGGGAGUAGGACUGGGUGAGCCAGUCAGUGCUCAAGACCUGAGCUUGACCCCUCCCUGGGUCCAAACACCCAAAUUUUGUGGCAGAUCCCACACAGCUGUGGGCCCGGCCCUGUGUACAGAAUAAAUCUCUUUGCUUCUUA